AUGAACGGCGCACCUACCUCCGACGAUGGACCCAGCAUUCGCCCAAUCCCAUUCUGCACUCCCCCACACGCUACCGGCGGUCCCACCGACGAGAUGCCGUUGAAGGACCUCCUCAUGGCCGCCAUGUGCCCGGCCAUUCCCCUUGGCGCCGAUGAACCCCCAUUUUUUCUCCCAAUCGACCAGCUCCACCGACUCGUGACGCCGGACUCGGCUCUCCGGACCCUACAGAAAUGUAUGCCCGGAACCCCGGACUCUAUACGCAACAUUUUUGCCUCUGCCAUUUUUAGCGAAAGUCGUGAAUUCCGCAAGAUUUUCGCCAUCUUGGUCCUGAUCGACAGACCUGAUGCCAUCAUCAAGUUUAUGGAACUCUCCAUCAGCGACAAUAACUUGCCUCUGGAGCCGACUACCAACUCCCUCGGAGAGCAAACCACUAUCGUCAAGUCCAAGACGACGCCUUCCUGCUUCGAUUUAUCGCUUGCCGGGCUCAAUUGGUACGACAUUUCUGCCUUUGAGGACGUCCAAUGGAAGCUUCUUGCGCCUACUUUUGACCAAUUAAACGUUGACGGUGCACCAUACCGUUUCCAUCCCAAGACCAUCUUGCCCUUUGUCUGGGACGACGACGCCGAGCCUAUCACUCAGGCAGGCGGCCAUUCGUUGGUGUAUCAAGUCCAGAUCCAUCCCGGGCACCACACCUUCAACACCUGCAACAAGGUGGAACCCCGCUUCGCCGUAAAAGAGCUUCAUUCGAGCAAUGAUGAUGCUUUUGAUCGAGAAGUGGAAGCCCUCACCAGGUUCAACGAUUGUGAUACCAACCCUCACAUCGUCAGCCUCCUCACCGCCUUCAAACGCGGUGAAACCCCCUACCUCGUCUUCCCCUGGGCAGACACCGAUCUCCAGUCCUUCUGGAGUCAACCCGGCUUGCCCAAGGAUGACCAGGCCAUCCUCACCGUCAAGCAAAUGCUCGGAGUAGCCGAGGCACUCAAGGCUAUACACUACUGCCGAGCAAAGAAGACCGUCAAGAACCCCAAGCCUAGCCUCACCCGAGCUGUAGCGGAGGAAGGAUAUCAUGCGGAUCUUAAACCCGAAAAUAUCCUUGUCAUGGACGGCCAGUGGAAAUUGGCAGAUUUCGGCCUUUCUCGAUUCCGUCAUCCGAACGAGUCCAAAGAGGACCGACCUUUGGGAUGUUCUCCCACCUACCGCGCGCCCGAACACGAUGUUGGCGCGUUCAACGGCCAGAAGGCGGAUAUCUGGUCUCUCGGGUGUGUAAUGAGCGUCGCUGCCACUUGGAUGACGCUAGGGAGGAAGGGAGUGCAGAACUUCAGAACUAAGCGUGCUCUUGCGUCUGCCCAGUCGCACGGAAAGGUCGAUGACUCUUUUUUCGAAGUUGGCAGGAGACAAGGCAAGCAAUCCCAGCUCAAGCUUAACUCUGCAGUCUCUAAUUGGAUCAACAAGCUCCAUGAAUCUCCGACUGCCAGCCCGCUUAUUCACGAUCUACUUGACUUAGUGGAGAGCGAUAUGCUCAAGGUCAACGGUGCCGAGCGCAUCACGAGCGACGAGCUCGUUUCAAAGCUGCGUAUGAUCCAUCAGAAGUGUACCGAGGAUUUGGCCUACCUCAAGCCGAAUCCUCGCCCAGUCAAGCAAAGCCGUAUUCCGAUCAAUACCCAUCACGAAAAGCCUGAUACGCAAAACCCUCGAUCAAUCAGCGUCAACAUGGUCCGAGUUCCUGGCCAUCCCAACCCAAUCUACCCGACCCGUCGCACAUGGCCCAAGGAGUCCCGGCAGAGUGAUAAUUGUAACGUCAACACUGACAUGGUUAAUCCCUCAAUGACAAGGUCCUCGACUGUUCCAUCGGUAUUCCCAGGUCAAUCCGCCUUCUAUCAACCGGCAAGUAAUUACAACCAAGCAGUUGGCAAUGAGUUCAACCUAGGCUAUGCGACUUCAUACACAGAGAGCUUUGCGACAGCACCAACUUACGCCCCAGUCUCGCCUUCUAAUAAGAGACAGCCCGGAAACAUGUGUCGGGGUCAAGGCCGCACGAAACGGCAAAAACCAAAUCCAAUGACGACGCCAAGUCCAGCCAUGCCACGAGAAGCUAGCGAUCUCGGGGACGCCAGCCCCAAAGCUUGUCCAGAGUCUUCAUCCAAGGUUCUUUUUGCCUGUCCUUACUUUAAGCAUGACCAGCAGAGGUACGGCACCAAGGAGUGGACGUCAUGCGGAGGUCGCGGUUGGGAGAUUCCGAGGUUAAAGGAGCACCUUAGCCGUGUGCACCGCGUCUCGGGUCAUCGAUGCAACCGCUGUCUGAAUAUCUGGCCGUCAACGGCUGGGCUGGCCGAGCACCAGCGGUCCCCCGACCAGUGUGAAAACCAACUAGAACAGGUAGACGAGCGCAUCGAUGAUGCUCAGUGGGGCGGGAUUCAGGACCGAAAGCGCGGAAAGUCGGGGAGUAUCAAGUGGACAGAGAUCUAUCAAAUCAUCUUCCCUUCGGAGGUGCCCCCGUCGCCAUACCGGGACGAGCCGAUUGUUACGCUCGCCGAAUUCCGUAACUUUCUAACUUCUCAACUACAACAGCCACUGAGCGCCCAGGACCUUCUGCGGGUCCAGACUGGUAUCAGUUUGGUGGAUGAGUUUGAGAAAACGAGCUCCGUACCGCAAUUGACCACGGGCUCAGAUGUUCCGUCUCGGACCGGAGGACAAUCAAACUCCACCACGAUGUUGUUUGACACCCCAUCGACAAAAGACGAGCAGUCGCCAGUCAUUGACUACGCUAUUGGAGACCCUGGGCUGAACAUGACUUCCUGCUUGCCAGUUGGUCAGCCGGCGGCUUUCCAUGACGACUUUUGCCUCUUCCCGUAUGGGAGUUCUGGAUCGCCCCUUGAAGGGAUGAGCCAGGAUUGGUGUUCGCAAUCGUUCAUAGGACAGCCAAUUGCGCUUGGGGAUUCCCAGAUGGGAAUGUUCCCUGAUGUGCCUAUGAGCUUUUCUUUCUCUUAA